ACAUAUCCAGAGCAUAGGGUUCAAGUGAAAAUGGAUUUCCACAGCCUUUCAAGGAGAGAAUUGCAGGCAUUGUGCAAGACAAACAAGAUCCCCGCCAACGCGACGAAUGUUGCCAUGGCUGAUUCUCUCAAAGCUCUUGAGAUUGUUGAAGGGGUUGAAGAGGUGUUGCAGGCGUUUAAAUCUGGAAUUUAUCAGUCAUCAGUCGAGCCACGGUCAAGGACUGCAAGGAAGAAGGAUGUUUUGUUGACCCCUGCUCGGUCAGGUGCUGCUAGCCGGAGGAGAAGAGCUGCUAAGGAAGACAGUACACUUCAGCAAGUUUAUGGAACAAGGCGGUCUGCAAGGUUGGCAGAGAAGAGUGCCAAGUUACAAGGAGUCCCUUUGUUUUCGAAGAAGGAUUUGUUUACUGAUGAUGUUCAAGACUUCAAAAUGAAAUUGGAAGAGAGCCUGGAUGGUUCGGUUGAAGUCUCGGGAGUUACUGAUGUGGAAGAGGCCGAGAGCAAAGAUGAAGGGCAGGUAGAUUCGAGUGAUAAACAAAAUGUGUCUAUUGAUCUAGAAGUGGCAUCCGUAGCUAUAGUGGAGGACAAUGAUGGACAUCAAUCAAACCUGAAGGAAGUAGAGGUGCCCAAGAUUGAGGAGGAACAUCAUUCUACCGUGGAGGCUAAAAUAGAACUGAAUGAGAGUAGGGUUGCAGAAAUUGAGCAAGCAGGUUCUGGUUUCGAGACUGAAGAUAAAAAAGCUUCUCAUGAUGAAUCUCAAAAGGCUGAUGGAUUCGAAGCCAUUCAAACUUCUGAGACCAAACCUACAAGGGUCAUAGCUGACAUUAUAGAAGAAGAGAAGACUUCUGAAGAUGCAGAAUCAGUAGAUGAAACAAUCGUUGAGAAUGAAGAUCCUGCAUUAGCUGUGUCUUCUGGCACUGUUAUCGAAAGUGUUGGCGAAGUGUUCGUUGCAGCUGAAGCUAUAGCUUCUGAAGAGAACAAAGAAGAUCCUGAGCUAAAUACUGAUUCAAGUGAAACCAUAUCCAAUCCUGAUGAAUCAGAUUCAGACAAUCUGGAUAUCACAGAAGAAUCAACUAAGAGUAAUGAUUCCAUGGUUUCCGAAACCAGUUUGAGGAGCUACGAAGAUGAUGUUUCUGACUGGGAUGAACAAGCAACACCAGGAAAAGAUGCUGCAGCAAGCCUAGAGAAUUCUCCAACUCAUCAACUAACUGCUUUUUUGGAGAAUGCAACAGUUCCAUCUCUCAGCAUUCAACCAACUCGUUCGACACCAAGAAGGGCGUCUGAUUCUGCGAACAAGGCAACCUCAGACAAUAAAGAGAAUGAGAAUGAGGAAGAUCUUGAGUUAAAUGCUGAUUCAAGCGAAACCGAAUCCAAUCCUGAUGAAUCAGAUUCUUUGAAUCUCACUGAAGAAUCAACCAUGAGUGAUGAUUCCAUGGCUUCUGAGUAUAGUUUGACGAGCAACGAGGAAGAUGUUUCUGGCUGGGAUGAACAAGUAACACCCAAAAAAGAUGAAUCAGAUUCCUUGGAUCUCACAGAAGAGUCAACCAAGAGUAAUGACUCCUUGGCUUCUAAAAUCAGUUUGAUGAGCAACGAAGAUGAUGUUAUCAACUGGGAUGAACAAGUAACACCCAAAAAAGACGCUGCAGCGAGCCUAGAUCAUUCUCCCACUCCUUUUAUGGAGAAUGCAGCAGUGUUAUCUCUCACCAUUCCUCCAACUCUUCCGACACCAGGAAGGGCGUCUGUGUCCGCGUCUGCAAGCAAGGCGAUCAUGAGAACGGACAAUAAAGAGAACAUAGGCAGUGGAAGUAAAACAGCGCCUGUGAAAGAGAGAUCAAAGAUUGUCAAGAAAAUUGCUGAGAGUGUCCCCAUGCUGGAUGAUCUGAAGGGUGAAAAUGAGGCAUCUGCAGCUGCAAGAACUGCUCUCCAAGCCCUGUCGGAUAAUCAGAAGGCGAAUUAAACCUCAUAUUGUUUGAGUAUUUUCAUUCCAGUAUGAAUAUGAGAGAGAACUAAUGUUUUCUAGUUCUGAUUUUGUGACUACAAUUUAUCUCUAUAUUUUGUAUUGUUUGGACAAGGUCACA